AUGGAGCAUCGAGUCCCGUCCUCGCAUCCAAACCACCUUGAAAGCUGUAGCGCCACUUACAAUGAUCCUGCCUCCCCGCCGUCCCUGAAAUCUCGCGUGAGGAUCAACCGGAAACCAGUUGCACCCUCUCACAACAUUCUGCCAGGGGAUGCGAAACAGAACCAUGCUAAGCAGUACAUUGCUCUCAGCCCAACUGAUACUGACGACUCAGGACCUGGCUCAGGGUCAAAGGCGCAGAGAAAGCCCGGGGUACUUUCUUUGUGGAAGUGGGAGUCGCUUUCUAUUUUGGCCAGUGUCACGAGCUUCAUCUCCAUUGUUGUCGUUCUUCGCGUUUAUCAGGACCAGUUACUCGCAGACUGGAAGAUUCCGAUACCCAUCAAUGCCGUCGUCGCCAUCUUGUCCUCGCUCUUCAAAGGCUCGCUUGCUUUACCCGUGACUGAAGGAAUCAGUCAGCUCAAGUGGCUCUGGUUCUCUCGUCAGUCACGCAGCCUCGUCGACCUUGACACAUACGACAAGGCAAGUCGCGGUCCAUGGGGCGCCACCGUCAUGCUGCUCAAGCAGUUCCAACGCGCAGGCUCCAUGGACCUCCUCGCUAGCUUUGGCGCACUCCUGGUUCUCACUGCCCUUGUCGUAGAUCCCUUCUCCCAGGCGACUGUCGCACUCAAGCCCUGCUGGCGCGAGGCAGAUCAAGAAGCCGCCAUACCCCGCGCCAACAACUACAAUGCGUUUGGGCGAGCCUACAGCCCCGGGGGCGUCUUCACUCUCGACGCGCCCAUGGCUCUCGCCGCGUACAUGGGCGUGCUGCACCCGCCUGCUAACAGCUCCGUCAGCGUGCCCGUCACGUGCAGCACAAGGAACUGCACGUUUGCUAGUGAUCACGGUGCUACGUUUACCACAUUAGGAAUGUGCACGCUCGUCUGGGACAUAUCCGACGAGGUGAAAGCAGGCUUUGGACUCUCGAACUGGAACUAUUCGAUUCCCUACAAUGCAACCCUUUCCCCGGGGAGGUUGAUGGACACGAAUUGGAUCCAGGUGCCCAUCAACUCCUUCCCCGCGGGCAUCAAAGAGCAUGAAGGAUUUAACAGCAUAAGAGACGUGCAGCUGAUUGCCAUCGGUUUUGCGGAUCCUAGCUGUAAAAAGAUGAGCUGCAGCCCCUGGCCCGAGGACUUAGUUGUUGUUGCCUUUAUAUUUUCCUUCAUCCCAUGCGUGCAAACCUUUGCAGCGAGCUUUACCGACGGCGUAUACUGGGAGAAGAAGCUGGACGAGCAGUUUCUGUUAUCCGCAGAGCGGGACACCAACUACUCGCUCGCCCUCAAUGGCUCCUUUCAUGGUGAUGGCAAAUGGAAGCUGUGCACUGGAACAGAGAACAAGACGGAUACUAACACGGUUGCGUGGUAUAACCCAUCCGCAGAGAGCGACAUGGAUUCGGGAGAGUCACCACACGUCACCUGGUAUCCGCACGAGUGUGUAUACACAAUGGGAUGGGCUGCAGCCUCGGCGCUCUCGCAAUUCAUUGGCCCCAUCAAGCUUUUCGAACAAGGCCGUCUGGAAACGGAUGAAAAAGACGGCCUCUACGGGGACGUGUGGCUGCAAAGGCUGUGGAACAAUGGCCACAUGAGUGUCGACAGCGUCUCCAAGUUUGCCGAGGGCAUGGCCCUCGCCAUCUCCACCCAGAUGCGCACCAAUCCUUCCGACAGCGACAGUCUGCGACAGCAGCGCGGGACGGCCUGGAAGACGGAAACAUGCAUCACCGUGAAAUGGAAGUACCUGAGCUUCCUCGCCACCCUGCUGCUGCUCGAAAUGCUCUUCUUCUUCAUGGUGAUUGUCGCAAACCACAGGAGCAGCUGGGGCGCGGGCUGGAAGUCGUCGACGCUGGCCGUCGCGUUUCAGAAUGUGGGGAGCACGUUUGACUGUCAGGACUGCGCGAGGCCUUCGACGGAGCUUAGCGAGGACCUGCAUGAAGCCGCGGCACACGUCCAGGUGGCCUUUACCGCCGUGGAUGGGCGGUGGCAGCUGAAAAGAGAGUCGGGCUAUGGAGCGGAGGACCAUGCCUACGCAGCAAGACGCCGCUGCUCAGCAGGGUCUUCCGGGCACGCCUCCCAAGAGCCCAGGGUUUGA